GCUCCGCGCGCCGCGACUGAGUGCUCAGAAACUCCCUCACAAGCGUCCAUCAUGCAGAAACUCUUGAUCCGCGGUGGGAAAGUGGUGAACGCGGACUUCUCGCAAGUGGCCGAUGUGUACAUCGAGGACGGGGUCGUGCGGGCGGUGGGGCCGCAUCUCCAGCCGCCUUCCGACGGAGUCCAGGUGUUGGAUGCCACGGACAAGCUGGUGCUUCCCGGCGGGAUUGACCCGCACACGCACAUGGAAUUCCCCUUCAUGGGGACGCGCACAAAAGACGACUUCUAUCAAGGAACGAAGGCUGCCCUUGCAGGAGGUACUACUAUGAUAAUAGACUUUGCAAUCGCUCGGAAAGGCUGUUCCCUCAUUGAAGCCUAUAACCAAUGGAGAAGCGGGGCUGAUCCUAAAGUCUGCUGUGAUUAUGCGCUUCAUAUGAUCGUCACGUGGUGCAGUGAGCAGGUCAAAGAGGAAAUGAAACUUCUUACCAAGGAAAAGGGUAUCAAUUCAUUUAAGAUGUUUAUGGCAUAUAAAGAUGUCUAUAUGAUUGGAGAUCUAGAAUUACACACCAUCUUCAGUCACUGUAAACAAAUUGGUGCAAUUGCUCAAGUCCAUGCGGAGAAUGGGGAUUUGAUUGCAGAGGGUGAAAAGAAGAUGCUGGCUUUGGGAAUAACUGGUCCAGAGGGACAUGAAAUGGCCCGACCAGAAGAAGUGGAAGCAGAAGCCACGUUGAGAGCUAUUACCAUUGCAAACUCAGUAAAUUGCCCUCUCUAUGUUGUACACGUGAUGAGUAAGUCUGCAGCCAAGAUAGUGGCAGACGCCCGCAGGCAAGGCAAAGUUGUGUAUGGCGAGCCUAUAGCUGCAAGCCUUGGUACAGAUGGCACUCACUAUUGGCAUAAGGACUGGCCACAUGCAGCAGCUCACGUCAUGGCUCCUCCAUUGAGGCCUGAUCCUUCCACUCCAGACUUCCUCAUGAAUCUUCUAGCAAAUGGUGACUUGACUGUGACGGGAACAGAUAACUGUACAUAUGAUAUCUGCCAGAAGGCUAUAGGAAAAAAUAAUUUCACAAAGAUCCCAAAUGGAGUGAAUGGAGUGGAAGACAGGAUGUCUGUGAUCUGGGAAAAAGGAGUGCAUAGUGGCAAAAUGGAUGAAAACAGAUUUGUAGCCGUUACUAGCACGAAUGCAGCUAAAAUCUUUAACAUAUACCCAAAGAAGGGAAGAAUAGCUGUGGGCUCUGAUGCUGACAUUGUCAUUUGGGACCCCAAAGCUACAAGGACCAUUUCAGCAAAGACACAUCACCAGGCCAAUGAUUUUAAUAUAUUUGAAGGAAUGCUCUGCCAUGGAGUUCCCCUUGUGACAAUUUUACGAGGCAAAGUGGCUUUUCAAAGUGGAACCUUUCAUAUCAAAGCAGGAGAGGGGAGAUACGUUCCUUGUGACCCUUUCCCAGAAUAUGUUUACAAACGAAUCUGGCAACGGGAUCAGGAAUGUCAGCCUGUUGCUGUGAAGCGAGCACCAUAUAUGGGAAAAGUGGAGCCACUCUCCACUCCAUCAAAAUAACUUCAUGAUAUACUUAGUAUUCUUCAGGCCAAAACAGUUGCAAUUCUUGAUUUGUGUGCUUGAAGAUUUCUGGAUGAUACAAACAUCUGGUGAAACUGCACUGGCCAUUGGUGUUGUAAUCAUUGCUAUAUCUUACAAAAUUACAGCAAGAUCUUCCUUCUGUUCACAUAUUUUGACUUUUAGAGAAAUCACUGUUGUUUUUCCAGCACACGAUAACCUUGUUCUCAGAACUUCUUUUAGUGCCUGAUUUAUAGCAAUUACAGCUAUCCGAUUAGCUUUCAUAGAGCACCUGCCACGAUUGUCUGCUAGAAUAAAAUCUGGACAGGAUGAAUUAUCUGAUUUGAGCAAGAUGCAGCAGCUUAACUGCUGUUUAACUUAACUGUCUUUGAAAUAAAUGUUUUCAGGUUUAAGACAUGAGUUAAUCUUAACAAAGAAACAAUCAUGAUUAAACUGGGUAUAUGAUUUGAUGCAGUGAUGGAAUUCAAAUUUUUUUACUACCAGUUCUGUGGGUGUGGCUUGGUGGGCAUGGCAGGGGAAGGAUACUGCAAUAUCUCCAUUCCCACCCCACUCUGGGCCAGCCAGAGGUGGUAUUUGCCGGUUCUCCGAACUACUCAAAAUUUCCACUACAGGUUCUCCAGAACCUGUCAGAACCUGCUGAAUAGCACCCCUGACUUGAUGCCUGUCUUUGAGAGCUAAGUGAUGGGUUCAUCCCAAGUGCUUUCCUUUCUUCAUCUCAAGUAUUUGCCUUUCCAUUUUGGAAAACCCUAGUUAGAUCCUCUUACUGCACUCCCUUUCAGGAUGUGUCCAUCCAACACCUUUGCAGUGUUCCAGAAGCAGAUUUGAUUCUAUCUGUUCAUAUGGCAUUGAGUCAUCAAUUGGAACUGUUCUUGUGUAUUUAAUAAGAUUUUUGGUUUUGCUCUGGUUUACUGAAUUUGGAACAAAGCUGGAUUACCCCUAAAGGAUUUUUUUGCAAUGCUUUUCAAUGACCUGUCUUGCCUUGACUUCUCAAAACAGCUGGACCAGGCUUUUAUAUUUUUAAGAAAAAGCAAACUAAAUGUCUUUUUUCCUUACCUCAAAGAAAAAAAGGGAGGGGUUUUAGGUUUUUCUAUGUGCCUUUGUCAUUGUUGGUAGAAGAACUGAAGGCACUUGAUGAUGAUGUAUCAGAAAAGACAAUGCCCAGCCACAAAACACUAUAGGGCAAAAGUGAAGGAGAAGAGAUUGGGCGAAUAUUUUAGAAGGCGUAAGGAAGCAAAUUGAAAACAAUAUUGAAAGAAAUUGGGCAGCAUAUACAUUUAAUACAUUAUAGCUGGUCAUCCCAAAGGUGCUUUUUCAGGAGGCAGCUGGACUUUCUUGUCCUUGUUUUUUUUCUCUGAAGAUGUUUCGCUUCUCAUCCAAGAAGCUUCUUCAGCUCUGACUGGAUCGUGGAGAAUGGAAGGAUUUAUACUCCUUGCAGGCAGCUGGUCAUUUGCAUCCUUUUAGAGAGUCCUUGAGGCCACUUGGAGGUUCAUCUGUGUCCUCAGGGUCACCUGAGUAGUGAAAAUGGGUGUAGAGCUUUCUUGGCUGCAGGAUGAUUUCUGCCCUGUGUCCCUUCACUGCUGAAGACAGGCGCAGGCUUCUUAGGGAUGAGCCUGUGUUGUCUGCAUCUCAAACUGAAGGGCAAAUGGUUCCUGUAGUCUGCAAUUUUUCUGGAAAUCUGUUCAUACCCCCCACACCAUUCAAAGGGUGUUCAUCCCAAAGUGCAUAGCUAAAGGUCUGUGGAGAUUCUCAGUCAUCCACGUCAUGGUUGUCCCAAAGGUGCUUUUUCAGGAGUCAGAACUGAAGAAGCUCCUUGGAUGAGAAGCAAAACAUCUUCAAAGAAAAAAGCAAGAAAGUUCAGUUGCCUCCUGAAAAAGCAUCUUUGGAACAACCAUGACCUGGAUGAAUGAGAAUUUGCAUAGAAUUAUAACUGGUUGCACAGUCAGCCAGAUGCUUAGACUGAAUUUGCAUUUUUAUCCACCUAUUGACUCCUUCCUAAGGAGAUGGGAUAGGUAGAUGUUAUUGUUUGAUGAUGUUAAAGGUAUUGUUUCAAGAUAUAAACUGUUCCAAUGAAAGUUGCUUUUUGCAACUGACCGGUGGUGAUUUUGUCAAUGCUGAUGUUUUGGCAUUGCACCCAAGGCACCUAAUACUAUUGGUACUUUCUUUCAUCAAAGUCCCUCUACUACUAUUUGCAGGUCAUUGUAUUUUCUGAUUUUCUCCAGUUCUUUCUCUUUUCCUCUUCUGUUUAAUAAAAAUAAUUAUAUAUCUGGAAA